AUGACUACUAACCACAGACCGACGCUAGAAAGCAAGCGAGGCCGUGGUAACCCUAUCAAAGAUACAAUCCAGCAUGCACGUGCUUUAGGAGGCCAGAAAGAAUUAAAACUUAGACCUGAUAUUGAAGGUGCUAAGGUUUCUCCAUCUCUAGGGAAGAGAGCUCUAGAGGAGACUGAAAGUUCCAGGAAACGAAGAAAAGAUGAAGAGGACGAGGAGGAGAGUCAGGCUACUCUGAAUACAGACGCUUCUAGUCUUGAAAGUGGGAGCCUUUCGGAUGACGAAAGAGAAGACGGUGAAAAUAAGGAAUCUAGAGAAGUGAUAGCAGAGCUUAAGAAAGCAAAGGACGAAGAGCAACGGGCUGGCCAUGAUAACCUACUAAAAACAAAGGGAGGACGCAGCUCAUGGAGAAAUACACCGUUUAGGGGAAAGAAAGAAACGAACGAUUCCAAUAACAAGCAACUGUCUUACACUACUGAUACCUUACACUCGGAGACUCACCGCAAGUUUCUCUCCAAAUACAUACGAUAG